UGAACCCAAGUCCAGACCCGAUUAUCAGUUGAAACGGUUAGAUGUUGACCCGAAGAACAACAAAUAGGAGCGUCGUAUCAUUGAUAUAAGAAUAUGAGUGGCAGUUAUAAUUAGCAAUCGAAAAGGAAAUCGCAGAAGAAAAUUUAAAGUUAACGCUAUGAAAUGAGACCUAAGAUUGUCGCAGAGGCAGGAUUGCCUACUAGAGUGGGGCAAUGGUGGGAAAGCAUUCCGUUUCUAACGUCUGCAGUGGUGAUUGUUUGUGGGACUAUCUACUUGGUUUGCCUCUUCAUCGGAUAUGACUCCUUUUAUGAAAUAUGCUUCUUGCCAUCUGCUGUUAUCUCACGAUUUCAAGUUUACAGGAUUUAUACAUCCAUUAUUUUUCAUGGUUCAUUGCUUCAUGUGCUGUUCAACAUGCUGGCUUUGGUGCCUUUGGGUUCUGAACUCGAGAGAAUCAAAACAACUUUUAGUGGCGAAAUAAAUUCUCCACUAAUAAUCAAAAUUUUCCCACUAAAAAUUAUAUUAAUGGGAAAAAAAUCACUAGCAAUAUCUGCUCCGCAAAAAAAUAUUUAAAAUUUGUAACAAAAUUUUCAUACCAAUUUGCAUUUAAUCUUGAUAUUAUAAAUUACAAUGAAUUUGUACCAAUUUGCAUUUAAUCUUGAUAUUAUAAAUUGCAAUAAAUUCUCUAUAUUAUUGAGAAAAAUAAUAUAUAUACAUAUAUUUGAUGGUUUUCUAA